AUGGCUAUCCCCAGUCCUGGUUGCAGUAAACCGCCACCAGCGGCGAUUGCGGGCACUUUGCUGAAUGAAACCAUGCGGUGGGAAGAGCCCGGAUUACCAGCAGUGGACCGGAGAGUGCUGACCUACGUGCCAACAGCCGGAAAAGAGUCUGCACCGAUGCCACUAGUCUUGGUGUUCCAUGGAUGGGGCGGGGGCCCUCACCUGUACCACGAAAAGUUCACCUUUGGAAAACUGGCCGAGGAGGCCGGCUUCUUAGCGGUCUACCCUGAGGGCUUAAGCGACGUGCAUGGGGCUUGGUACCCGAAACGCUCCUGGAAUACCGGGGAUACCACUGUGGAGAAGAUAGAUGCUCCAACGGAGGUUUGCGACCCGAAAGAGGUUACUGCCAAAGGCGUUUGCUACCAGAGCUGCAUCAUCAAGUAUGGGAAGUGUAAGAAGUGUUCGUGGACCACUUGCUAUGAUGAUUUUGCGUUCAUCAUGAAGCUUCUCGACGACGUCGAAAAGAGGUACUGCAUCGAUCUGAGUUCCGUUUUCGCCUAUGGGUGCUCCAAUGGCGGUGUCUUUGCGCACGCUUUGGCUCGCAAAGCGCCCGGAAAGUUCAAGGCCAUCGCAGCGGGAUGUGGUGCCAAGCCGCACCGUGGCUAUGAAACAAACUUCACAGCUGGAGGCGAACCGGUCUCAAUGGUGCUCUUUCAAGGAGGCGAGGAUUGGACCAUCCCUGCAAAGACUCCAAAGCCCCACGCCAGAUGGUGGGAUGGAUACAUUUACGCGAGUGACACCGCGGUGAGAAAGGCGUACAAGGACUACAACAAGUGUUCGAAUCAGGGUCCGCGACCUUUCGUGCAGCCGCCACAUGUGCAUAGUCAACAGAUGUCCUGCACCGAGUAUGGCUACGAUUGCGCUGAGAACUCGAAGGUGGUGGAAUGCGAGUUCCGCGGAGGUCACGACUUGGUGUUGGGCUUGGGGGCCAAUGAGAUCAUGGACGGCCCAGAGCUUGCUUGGAACUUCUUCUGUGAGCAGGCGCAACUCCGGGAGAACUGCCGCAUGCGUCAAUAUGUGAGCCUCAAGCUGCAUUGGUUGGCUCCACAUGGCCUGAGGAAAGGGGCUGAUCCUUUAUCAGCUGACGCUGGUUUCUCGAUGAUGGGCCUCAGGUUGCCGAUGAUCCUGGCUUUCGCUUCUGUGCUUUGCCUUCUGAACCUCCUGCUCCUUUGGGCGCAUCGCCGCAGCAUGAGGUGCGGGCACUUCAGUCCAGUUCAAACACGAGAGGAAGUGGAGGAGUCGCCACCUGCGGCGUUGGGUUGCAAAACGACCAGUCCUGUUGGCGCUAGCGAGCAGCCUUGA